AUGCACGGAUCUCGAUGGGAAUCUGACGAUUCUGCUACUGGCAACACGAUGUUGUCUGAGGCAGAGUACUAUGCCAGCUUGAUGCCAAUAGAGUCAGGCCUUCUUGGAACAUGGAUCAACCUGCCGCUGGCCACAGGCUUGCGUGACCAACCGAAUGGAGGUGCACGUGAUCGUCCAGGUUGCCAUGGCCGAACUGUAGAGCUGCGCACGGUCUUCUCUCCGAGCUCGGGUGGUGGAAGGAGCAGCAGUGCUGGACCGGCUGACGCCAAUCGACACCACAUGCUCAGUGAAAUCGAGAAAGGUACCAAGGAAGGCAGUAUCGGCAGCGGGUCUGGUAUGGUCGGACCAACGUUUACACGACUUAUCCUCCAUUGGAGAGCGCCUCAUCUGCCCGGCCGGCGGACGAACAGUCGCGCCAACCACUGGUCGACGGGUCGGCGACAGAGUCAACUGAAGCCUAAACUGCGCCAACGUCGACGUAUCUGGCGUCGUGACGUCUCAAACAGUGACAGAGAGGCCGAUUCCAUUGAGGUCGGCUCGCCGAUGCGUCUGCCACCUUGCGUCACCUUCCAUGCGGCGUUGAAGAUUAGUGAAAGGGAUGCCAAGAUCUACGCAAACACUGGUGAGCCAUUGAUUUGGUCAGUCGAUCUUAUUGUAUUGUAA